UGUAAUUUUUGUAUCAUCGUUUUGUUUGUCUUAAUCUGUUUCUAUGUUUUCUUGUUUUGUUUUUAUUUUAUGUUAUUAAAUUGACUUAAAAAUUUGGGGAAUUUUAAAAUUUCACUUUCAAAUUAAUUUCCCGUUCUCCAUGACACUUUUUUUUUUUUUUAACCCUUUCUCUAUGGUCAUAUUAAUAUAAUUUUCUCACCAAGUUGGCUAAAUGAAGCCUCUUGUGUCUCUGUCUUUUGUUCAGACAAAUCUUUUCAUAUUGUUAGCACUCCCUGGGAGCUGAUUUCGGCACGCCUUCUAGAUACCCACGUGACCCUUCCCCCCCACUACUACCUUGUUAAAAAAAAAUGCUCAUUAGCCGAAAGGAAGCUAAGAGGCAUAUAAUUAUAAUUAACUACAGACACCUCCUGAUUGCUUUCCCUUUUUUACCUAAAAAAAAUCUCUUUACCAUACUAUUUAUGGGAUUUACAUUUUUUUUUAUCUAUUUUUUUUUAUAACAAACAUUAUUUAAACAAAUUUUUUUUAUUAAUAUAUUUCUUUUAAAAUUCAAAAAUUUUUCUAGAAUAGAUCUAAGCUUCUGCUACUCUCAGUCUUCACACUAUGUUGUUGUUUUUUAUCUCAAUUUCUCCUAUAGCUAGGUAGCCAUCCUAUGCUAUGAAAGAAAUAGACUCGUUUUUAAGCUUACCUCUUCACAGCAGAUGCCAAAAAUUCCAUUCCUAUAAAGAAAAGGCUUCAUUUUUAACCCCAUUGUGAAAUAUUUUCUUCUUCUUUUUCCCCUUUUCUGUGGUUCUUUUGAGGGGAUGAAGAAAACGGGAUCGUUCCGGAGAGGCGACUGAAGCUCCUUGCGAGAAAAAAGAAGAAACUGACAUGGCACAUCAGUCAUGGCUUCCGGUGAUUUGCCGGCAGAGCGGCCGAACCCAGAAGACUCUGGACCCCCCGAUCCUCGACCCGUGAAGAAGAAAAAGAAGAAGGUGAAAGAGGAGAUGAAGACGUCUGGAGAUGAAAACGAGAAGAAGGACCAGGACUCCUCCAGCUCUCAGGCCGAGAUAGAACAAUUGACCAAGACUGGACACAAGGCCCUGAUGUCUCGGGACCUGCAGGCGGCCAUGUCCUGCUUCAAGAGAGCGUUCCUGCUGUCCCUCAGCACCAAGCAGAAGGCCGUCCAGCGGGCCUGUGCCUUUAAUGUCGGGGCCGUAUACAUAGAGACUGGCAAACCAGAGAAGGGGCUAGAGUUCCUUCUAAAGUCCCAACCAAAGGACGAAGACGGACAAGAACCCAGUGGAGACCUUUACUUCAACCUUGGCACGGCCUACGAAUCCUUACAAGAUCUACCGAGGGCCCUGGAACACUUCAGGAAGGCGGUGCUCCUCUACAAGCCCGCCCAGCUGGGGAGCGAGGCCGACGCCCACAUGAAGAUGGGGCACUGCUACGUGGCCAUGAAGGACAAGGCCCGGGCCGCCCAAUGCUUCCAAGAUGCCGCAGAUGCCUACCUAGAGGUUCAGAGGAUGGAUAUGGCUGCUACAGCCCUCAACGAGGCCGCCAACUACAUCCUGCAGAGCCAGAGCUACGACUCGGGACACGUCCUCCAGAUACUGAAUGAGGCCCGGAUGGUGUGUGGGCACGUGACCCGAAGAGACCUGCUGGCUAAGCUGUACAAUGACAUUGGUCUGAGUUAUGCGCAGCUGAAGAUCUUCCCCCUGGCUGUGGAAUGUUUCGGGAUGGCGCUGCCGCUCUGUCAGGAGGAUGAGGCGCUCGGACAUAAGGAGGCGGUGGUCCUCCAGAACCUGGGGGCCGCAUACAACACACUGGAGCAGUACGAGGAGGGGCUGGACUAUCACAGGAGGGCGGCAUCCUUACACAGCGUGCUGGGUAACCGCAGGGCGCAGGGACAAUGUUUUGGAAACUUGGCCUAUGCUCUGAGUCAGCUGGAUGACCACGAGGCUGCGGGCGAAUAUUAUCUGCAUUCACUGCAGGCGUUUAAAGACUCAGAUGAUGUCCAUGGUCAGUGGCAGGCGUGUGAAGGCCUGGGAGCAGCCAGGAUCCGUCUGGGGGACCCGGAGAAGGCCGUCCUGUAUUACAAGCAGGCGCUGGCCUUACUCUCCAAAGCCAAGGAGGACUCGGGCAGCGCUCAGGAGAGGAUAGUCAACAAGCUGACCGAUGCCCUGCAGCACAAGCUGUGUGUGAAUGGGCCCCUCAGGGCAGGGCUCCCCCCGCCCGCUCCUCUGAGAGGCUUUGCCGGGAAGAUGCCGGGGGCAAAAGUUUCAAGACACCCUUCAAGUGUGAACCAAGCCUAUGCCACCAUGACGCACAUGUCUCCUCAAGAUGCCCAACAGCCUCUAAGACAGUCCAGGAGAAUGAGCCGCCCACCACAGCCCGAAGAAAUGUACGCAACUAUAAAAACCAGGGUGACCACCAAUACCAAUGGGCAACCGGCCUCAGAAAACAGAGCGUCAGACGCCGUCGGGGAGGAGGACGACUCCGACACCCUCACAGUGGUAACAAAUGCGUACUCCGAGGACUGCGAGGAGACCGACGCCGCUGACGCCUGUUCCAGAAAUCAUCCCCAAGCCAACAGCAAUCUGAAUAAUACGUAUCUGCAUCCAGAACCGUUCUACCAGAACUGUGCACUGCAGAACACCCAGAAGAGCAACCACGACUAUGAAACACUAACGCUCAAGAAAUUGGAGGCAGAGAGGAGUGAGUCCUCGGAUUGCCUUCAUGUACCCAGACCAGAACAUCUGGACAAGCCAAGAAGACCCAAACUCCAUUCCAGGAUGUGUUCUGUCAUGUGACCCCCAUUCCCUUCAUUACUGGGACCAACAAGUCAACAGAAAAAGACGUGAACUGUUUUAAUUUCGCUGCCAAAAACUCAGCAGUGUCUUAAAAGGACCACAAAUGGCUGCCACGUCCAUAAUAUAUGUCUACCCCGUCUUCUGGAUAAAGUCUAAGCAGCAGAUCUCUGUAGUGAUGAUGCUGGAUGUGAUAGGGAUAGGCAGGGGGUGGGGGACCAGGGCCCUCUGGGUAUAGUGGACCAGGGCCCUCUGGGUAUAGUGGACCAGGGCCCUUUGGGUAUAGAGGACCAGGACAUUCUGGGUAUGGUGGACCAAGACAUUCUGGGUAUAGUGGACCAGGGCCCUCUGGGUAUAGUGGGCCAGGCUGCCUGUCACCAUCAUAAGCCUAUCAUUGUCUAUAUUUAUAGGGUCACUAAUAUCUGAUUACAUUUUUUUGGAACAUAUUGUUUUUUAAAAGAGAAAUCUUCCCUGUGGCUGUCACUAUUAUGAGGGGAACUGUUAUGGGGGCACUGUGGAUGUCACUGUUAUGGGGGUACUGUGGAUGUCACUGUUAUGGGGGCACUGUGGAUGUUGCUUUUAUGGGGAUACUAUAAAUGUCACUUAUGGGGACACUGUGGAUGUCGCCUAUGGGGGCAAUGUGCAUGUCACUGUUAUGGGGGCAAUGUGCAUGUCACUGUUAUGGGGGCACUGUGGAUGUUGCUGUUACAGAGGAACUGUGGAUGUCACUGUUAUGGGGGCACUGUGGAUGGCACUGUUAUAGCGGGCACCACAGCAGUCACUUGUUAAGAGGCACCGUCUGACCCUUGAAGGGUGUUCUCUGUCUAUCCUUUGUGUGUAGGUGCUGUCCUUUGUAUAGAGGCGCUCCUGCUGUCCUUUAUAUGGGGGCACUCUGUCCUUUGUGUGUGUACUCACUGUCAUUCCCUUGUAUGACAGCGCUUUGGCAGUCCCUUGUAUGGGGCACUUUGGAUGUCACCAUUAUGGGGUACUGUGAUUGAUACUGUUAUGGGGGACUGAACUAUGGGGGACUAUGGGGGUGUAUAUCUGUUGGCGGGGCCAAUAUCUAUUUACUUCCUGAAGUAGUUUCUUAAAGACAGUAGGUAGGUAGACAAUAAAUCAUCACAGGAUCCAAUCUGAAGGGCUCGGGCCACCGUCUCAUCAGGAUCCAAUCUGAACGGCUCGGCCCGCCGUCUCAUCCGGAUCCAAUCUGAAGGGAUCAGGCCACCGUCUCAUCAGGAUCCAAUAUGAAGGGCUCGGGCCGCCGUCUCAUCAGGAUCCAAUCUGAAGGGCUCGGGCCGCCGUCUCAUCUGGAUCCAAUCUGAAGGGCUUUGGCCGCCGUCUCAUCAGGAUCCAAUCUGAAGGGCUCGGGCCGCCGUCUCAUCAUGAUCCAAUCUGAAGGGCUCGGGCCGCCGUCUCAUCAUGAUCCAAUCUGAAGGGCUCGGGCCGCCGUCUCAUCAUGAUCCAAUCUGAAGGGCUCGGGCCGCCGUCUCAUCAGGAUCCAAUAUGAAGGGCUCGGGCCGCCGUCUCAUCAGGAUCCAAUAUGAAGGGCUCGGGCCGCCGUCUCAUCAUGAUCCAAUCUGAAGGGCUCGGGCCGCCGUCUCAUCAGGAUCCAAUAUGAAGGGCUCGGGCCGCCGUCUCAUCAGGAUCCAAUCUGAAGGGCUUGGGCCGCCGUAUCAUCAGGAUCCAAUCUGAAGGGCUCGGCCCGCCGUCUCAUCAGGAUCCAAUCUGAAGGGCUCGGGCCGCUGUCUCAUCAGGAUCCAAUUUGAAGGGCUCGGGCCGCCGUAUCAUCAGGAUCCAAUCUGAACGGCUCGGCCCGCCGUCUCAUCCGGAUCCAAUCUGAAGGGCUUUGGCCUCCGUCUCAUCAGGAUCCAAUCUGAAGGGCUCGGCCCGCCGUCUCAUCCGGAUCCAAUCUGAAGAACUCGGGCCGCCGUCUCAUCCGGAUCCAAUCUUAAGGACUUGGGCCGCCGUCUCAUCCAGAUCCAAUCUGAAGAACUCGGGCCGCCGUCUCAUCCGGAUCCAAUCUGAAGGACUCGGGCCGCUGUCUCGUCAGGACCCAAUCUGAAGGGCUCGGGCCGCUGUCUCAUCAGGACCCAAUCUGAAGGGCUCGGGCCGCCGUCUCAUCAGGACCCAAUCUGAAGGGCUCGGGCCGCUGUCUCAUCAGGAUCCAUUCUGAAGGGCUUGGGCCGCCGUCUCAUCAGUGCCCUCGAUCUCUGGGAUAAACCAUCUCCUUGUCCAGCUGAUAGCGUUCCGGGGAGAAUGCAGCCAUUUUAAUAUUGUGCGCUGUGUGAUUGGGGUCGGCCGCUCCGGGCUGAUCUGUCUAUUUGGAAGAUGACAGUGAUUUCCGAGCCGCAGAGAAGAACAUUAAUCUGUAAAACAAGUAGAAAAUUGCCCUGGUAUUAAUGAGUGCGCAGAAUUGAAAAGAUGGUUCCCGGCUGGAGAGGUAAUUUCCGUGGAGAGGACUCACUAUGUGAUUGCAGGUUUUUAUUUCAAUUAGGGCCGAGGUUUAAUGUUCUCAAAGAAAAUCACCAGACAUGGCGGCCACAGGAGUAAACCGCUUCUCUUUAUUCCUAUUAUCACUGAGGUGACUGGCAGCGGCCCCAGCAAUCUGCCCUAAACUGAGGGGGAAGCAAGUGUUCAGUUUCCCUGCAGCGCCUCCACAGGGGAAACAAAGCAUUACACCGUUCUUAUAGAAAUCAAUGGGCUGUCAAUGUAAUGCACAGACAUGUUGGUCCUCCACUGGGUAGGGAUGUGUUCACACACAGCAGAUUUUCUUGCAAAAUCUUCUGCGAUCAAUGGGUUCAGCUGUGGGAAAACCUGCCGCAGCUCAAACUCGCAGCAGGAAACUCUCUGUAAACCCGCCUGUAGGGUACGUUCACACAUUCUGUGGAUUUUAUGCUAUGUUGACCUAUAUAUUUACAUUGAUUUACAUAUAAUAAAUUCCGCAGUGUAUCCUGUACGUGUGAACAUGGGCUUACAAGGUGUUGAUGUUGCUCUGUGUAAUAGGUCCAGCAAUGAGCCGACUGUACAAGUGCUCUUCGGCAGCUGAUCCCAUCUUUUAAAGAGACUGUGUCAUCAGAAAAUCAAGUUAACAAUAUUUUUAACACAUUUUUGGUGAUUUUUGUUUCUAAUCUUUCAUUUGACUAUCUAUAUUCCUGCAGUUCCCAUUCUGGCCACUAGGCCUAAAACUAAGUUGAGACUUCCUGUUCUGCACAGAUCACUUCCCAGCAGUCUCCUCCUUAUCGUCACAGUCAGGAUUACAGAGAGAGGUGACACCAUUGUUUAGAUAACAGAGGUACAUACGAUAGCUGUUGCUUACAGAUCAGCCUCCCCCUCCCUGUAGAAUGACCUGUAUAAAGAUCACAGAGCACACAUGGAAAUAUUUUGCAUUCAGGCCAAUGGGAUAGCUUCAGAAUUUCCGUAGUGUGACCAUGUCUUUAUACAGCUCUAAAGGGGGGGGAGCCACUACCAGACACUUCUGGCAGCGGCUCAUAUCUGACAUGCCCGAUCCUUCUCUCCCCUGAGGUCAUCUGUUGGGGGGGAUAGAAGGCCGCCAUUAGAGAGGUGGCCGGGCCUGAAGAAAUGGGUAUUGGGAGCCUUUAGGCCAGUGGUCUCCAAACUGUGGACCUCCAGCAGUUUCAAAACUACAACUCCCAGCAUGCCCGGACAGCCAACGGCUGUCCGGGCAUGCUGAGAGUUGUAGUUUUGCAACCACUGGAGGUCCCCAGUUUGGAGACCACUGCUUAAAACCUGUAAAAUGGUUGCUAUAGCUUUAAUAAAAUGUAUUAAUGUCUAUUCCCAGGGCAGUCAAUAUCACCCUAUAGAGUCAUGUGAUUGUAAAAAAAACAAAACAAUAAUUUCACAUAACUUAAUUUGUAUUAUCGGUGGGAUCAUUUUAUUUUGCGCUGUAAAUACCCAGUAUUCACGUGUUUACAUUGUUAUUUUUAUGUGUGAUUUGCGGUAACAAAAAACAAAAGUUUAUUGAUAAAAUAUAUCUAUAUUUUGUGACAUAUAUGAAUGAUUGAUAAUUUUUUUUGCCUCUAAUCUAGCGUUGGCGUGAUCGAUUCCCACUGCGGAAUUUCUGCCGCGAAACUCACCCACCAAAAUAAUAAACAUGUUCGUUCUUUGGCGGAUUUAGGCAACGUCUGCACUGCCGUCAAUGGUGAUGACGCAGGUCUGUGUGGUCCUAGCGCCAGAGGAUUUGCACAGCAGCUGCUCAGACGGAAUUUCCGACCCGCAAUAUCCCCUUAGGGUCUGUUUACACGGGCGGAUUUCCUGCAGGUUUUUCCACAGCGGAUUUACUACUAUAUUAGCAUAUCUGCCGAUUUUCUGCUGACCAAUUACAGUCAAUGGGAACAGAAUCUACUGCGGAUUUUCUUCAGCAAAUAUGUUGCAGAAAAUCCGCAGGAAUUUGGCGCAUGUGAACGGCCCCUGAGGGUAUAAGGAUAUGUUUACUUGUGCCUAUUUUGCAGAAUUUCUAAUAGUAAGUGAGUGAUAAAAUCUUCUGCAGAAAAUCCACAGCAGAAUACACGAGUGUGAACAUACCCACGUGUGCACACGGUGCAUUCUUCUGCUACCAAAUGAUUAGCCUUGGAUUUCUGCGGCGUAUAUUGACAGUUUUUUUUUUUUUAGAUGCACAUUUUAUGUGGAUUAGUCUUAGGGUCUGUUCACACUACGGAAUUUCCACACAGCAGCCUCCCAUUGAUCUGAAUGAGAAUUCUGCCACCUAUCAAUGGGAUAGUGCACUUAUGUCUGCCGCGGACAUAAGUGCAGGUUCCGGACCACUGCAUCCUGCUGUGCACGGAAUAUCUGCCCGUAAUUUUUCUCUAGGCGGACAUUCCGUAGUGUGAAUGAGCCUUUAUUCAAUAAGGCUGUCCUGCAUUCUGGAUUUGAAACGUGGGAUCUGAUGGGAGUUGUAGUGCACGCCAAAAUACACACUAAAAAAACACGGUGUGAACCUGGCCUUAAAGGGGUACUCUGGUGCUCCAGCGUUCUGAACAUUUUGCUCCCAACGCCCGGAAUCUAUAGACAUGAAUGAAGGGGGCAUGGCUGUGACGUCACAACCACUGACACGAACCCCGUGUAGUGAAGAAAACU